AUGGGCUUCCUCGAUUGGAACGACGGUGCCUCUGUCCUGUCAACCAGGACCUCAUCUCGUCGCCAUAAAUCUUCUCGCUCUCACAAGAAGCGCUCACGAUCAAACUCGAGCGAGCGUGGCCGCGGCUUCGCAGAGUCCAUCUUUGGUGGUGGCGGCAGCAAGCACAAUGCCUCUCGCGCUUCAUUCUUUGGACUCGGAGGCGGCAACAGCAGCCGCUCUAGCUUCUUUGGAAACAAUCGCUCUUCUUACUACAAACGCUCCCCUCGUCAGGGCUUCGUCCAAAAGACCUACAAGCAGCUCAAGCGUCUCCUCCGCGAUCUCGUCCACUGGGCCAAGCGCCACCCCUGGAAGGUCUUCUUCAUGGUCAUCAUGCCCCUCGUCACCGGCGGAGCUCUGACUGCCCUCCUCGCACGUUUCGGCCUGCGCAUCCCACCUGCCAUCGAGCGCAUGCUCGGCGUGGCCUCCAAGGCCGCCACGGGUGAUUCCUCUGGUCUUGUGGGCGAAGCUGUCCGCAUGGCCAGUGGCUUUGGCGGCGACACUUCUGUUCGCAUGGAGCGCGAUACGCACACAUUCAGCAGCGGAGGUGGUGAUGGUGGUGGCAGCACAUGGGGUGGUCUUGCUGGUAUGGCCAAAAAGUGGAUGUGA